AUGCCACAACCACCACAGUUCCCCCGCCCCCGACGGGGAGCACCACCACCACCACCACCCCUCCUGCACAUCCAAGCACCAGCGCGGCGACCCCCGACCCGCUCCAAAACCCCCCUAGUUCUAGCGGCAGGAGUAGCAGCAUACGGCCUAUCCCUCUACGCAGCAUACCUAUACACAACCCUCAAGGACCUCCCGCCCGCGCCCUCGAGCCCACACCUGCAGCCCAACAACGCGAAAGUCUACAAUGCCCUCGCGAGCGAGUACGACACGAGCAUCUGGUUCUCCGAGCUGACCAUGGGCCUCCCACUCCUCCGCCGCGCCCUGGCGCGUCGGGCCCACGGGCACGUGCUGGAAGCGAGUGUGGGCACGGGGCGGAACGCAGCGUACUAUGACAUGGGCAAGUGCGCCAGCGUCACGAUCGUGGACUCCAGUCGGGAGAUGCUAGCGGUCGCGCAGGCCGCAUUCGCGGCUCGGCGUUCGGGGGCGACGACGACGCGGGUGCGGUGCGUGCACAUGGAUGCCGCCGCACCCUUGCCGCCGCCACCGGCGUCCGUCGAGGGAAAGUACGAUGUGGUCAUACAGAGCAUGGGGAUAUGCUCGCACCAGGAUCCCGUCGCCCUGCUGCGCAAUCUGGCCCGCUGCGUCAAGAGCGGCGGUGAGGGAGGUAGGAUCAUCCUGCUGGAGCACGGGAGGAGCAGGUUCGACUGGGUCAAUGGCGUGCUGGAUAGGUUGGCGUGGGGACAUGCUAGGCGUUGGGGGUGCUGGUGGAAUAGGGAUGUUGGCGAGUUGGUGGAGAGGAGCGGACUCAGGGUGCUGGAGGUCAAGAGGUAUCAUUUCGGGACUACAUGGUGGAUAGUGGCUGUUCCCCCGGAUUAGGGUGGUGGAGAGAACAGGAGUUGGUGGUCGAGUAUACCCUCACACACACACACACACAUACCCGGUGGCGCUCCGUUGUCUCUCUCGCCUUUGACGAUAAUAAAAUCCGAGUGACAUACCAUA